UCGCUUUUCUUCCCCAACUCAGCUCUUAACUCUUCGCUAUCAAAACAUCAUGAUGGUGGACGAACCAGCUUCGCAACAAGAAGAGGAUAUAUGUAGGGUGUGUCGGGCAGGGAGUACUGCAGAACGCCCUCUAUUCCAUCCUUGCAUUUGCACUGGCAGUAUCAAGUACAUCCACCAAGACUGCCUCGUACAAUGGCUUAAACACAGCAAGAAAGAAUACUGUGAGCUAUGUAGGCAUCGCUUUAUAUUCACCCCAAUUUAUGCCCCUGAUAUGCCAGCUCGGUUGCCUGUGAAAGACAUUGCUAAGGGCUUGUUAAAGAAUAUUGCAACUGCUGUGAAAUGUUGGCUACACUACACACUUGUCACAUUUGCUUGGUUAGGGGUAGUUCCAGUGGCUGCAUGUUGUACAUACAACUGCUUAUUUCAAGGCUCCAUUGCACCAAUAUUAAAUUUACCUUCAGAUAUUUUUUCAAUUGAAGCGUUAGCCAGUGAUAUUGUCCAAGGUUGUUUCAUCGUUGGAUGUACCCUCUGUGCCUUCAUAAGUCUAGUCUGGUUACGAGAACAAGUGGUGAAUGGAGGAGGCCCUCAGUGGCUAGAACAGCAACCUGACCUAGGUGUCCAAAAUCAGCCACAGCCUCAGCAGUUGGUUGUUAAUGAUGAAAAUGCUGCAGAGGGGGCAGCAGCAGAGGGUGAAGCAGCAGAAAAUGGAGGACCAGAUGAUCUGAAUUGGAAUGCGUUGGAAUGGGAUCGUGCUGCGGAAGAAUUGACAUGGGAGAGAAUGCUGGGAUUGGAUGGAUCCCUGAUAUUCUUGGAGCAUGUAUUCUGGGUUAUCUCUUUAAAUGCACUUUUUGUUUUUAUGUUUGCUUUCUUUCCAUAUCAGCUUGGUCAGGUCCUAAUGUCACUGCUACAGUGGCAUAAGGUGGUUGGUGUAUCCCGCUUUGAUAGUGUCUUCACAACUAUCCUAGGUUACUUGGGACUCACUACAACCCUACUUAUUCUUCAUUCUAUCGGUCGCGUGCUGACGUUUGAACGUAGCCGUCGUUUUGUUGGUAUGUGUUACAUAAUGUUAAAAGUGUUCCUCUUAGUUGUCUUAGAAAUUGGAGUGUUUCCAUUAAUCUGUGGUUGGUGGCUUGAUGUUUGCUCGCUGUCCCUAUUCAACAGUACCCUUCAUGAGCGCGAAGAAGGGUUUACUUCAGCCCCAGGCACCUACAUGUUCCUGCAUUGGUUAGUGGGCAUGGUGUACGUCUUCUAUUUUGCAUCAUUUGUUUUGCUACUGAGAGAGAUUCUACGUCCAGGUGUGCUGUGGUUCCUACGUAACUUAAAUGACCCUGACUUCAACCCAAUUCAAGAGAUGAUACACCUACCGAUCUACAAUCAUGUUCGUCGUUUCCUCCUGUCAGUGGUCGUGUUUGGAAGUGUAGUGUUGUUGAUGCUGUGGCUACCGGUCUCACUGAUUAAAUUUCUCUUUCCAUUAUUCUUACCAUAUCAUGUACAACUCUCAAGUGAUGCACCAGUAAGUGAAUUAUCACUGGAGCUGCUUCUAUUGCAAGUUGUAUUACCAGCGCUAUUGGAACAAGGCCACACAAGACUGUGGCUUAAGAACUCGGUCCGAGGCUGGUGUGUGUCGGUGGCUUACCUCUUGGAUUUACGUUCAUAUUUGAUUGGGGAUGUACCUCUCGAAGACAAUUCCACCCAAGAAAACACUGGAAUUGUAGAAGAACAUGCAGAUGGUCAAGAUAACCUUCCAGAAAAUGAAGAGGAUGAAGAAAAUGUGUACCAGCUGCCAGAAGAUGUCGACCAACAAGAACAGGAUGACCUGUAUGUUCAGUGGCCAGAAGAAGUAGCACUGCUUGAAGAGAAUCUUGCGCUGGAUAAUAACCUCAAUAUUGAUGCUUUUAAUAUAGGGAUGGCAGAUGACAUCCACCAACAAGGACAGAAUGACAUAUAUAUACAGUGGCCAGAAGACGUACCACUGCUUCCAGAGAAUCUUGCACCAGAUGAUCACCUAAAUAUAGAUGAUUCUGAUGUAGAGAUGGUAGAAGAUCUUGAGGAAGAGGGAGAUGCUGCACUGAUAGAUGAGCCAGAGGCUGUUCCAAUUGUAAACCACCCACCCCCUGUCAUGAAUGGACUGCAUCCUGUGCAUCAGGGAUUACUAAAUCAAGGACAGUCAGAGUUCCAGCCAUACAAAAGGACUUCAUAUUUUACUCUCAAAUUGGUGCUACUGGUUGCCCUUAUGUGCAUCACGCUAUUCCUGGCAAGCUUUAUGUGCUUGACUAUUCCAGUGGCAAUUGGCCGGAAGGUAAUGUCCAUGUAUGCAGAUAACAUCACCAUCCAUGAGCUGUACACGGCAGCCUGUGGAAUCUACACAUGUUGGUUGGCCUGUAGGUUUGUGUCGCUCGUGUUUUCCUGGGUGCCAGAGGGAUUUGGCGCCAUCUUUGAUAGGUUGAAGCGUUAUGCACUACUGGCAAUGAAGUCAUUGGUAGUUGCAGUGGUUCUUCUUGGGGUUGUACCUUUGCUUAUUGGUCUCUUGUUUGAGUUGGUGGUUGUUAUCCCGCUCAGAGUGCCUAUGGAUCAAACUCCUGUAUUCUUUCUUUGGCAGGACUGGGCACUUGGGGUACUUCAUACUAAGAUCCUGGGUGCUGUUACUAUGAUGGGACCCAACUGGUGGCUCAAGACAGCACUUGAACAGAUAUACCAAGAUGGUUUCCGUAACCUGAAUCUAACUUUUAUUUCAAGAAACAUGUUACUACCAGUAGUGUCAUCAUUACUGCUAUCUUUAACUCUACCCUAUGUCAUAGCCAUGGGGAUCUUACCAGUACUUGGCUUUAGUGAGGAUACGCUUCACACUGUAGAAAGGAGGAUAUACCCAACGAUGUUAGCAAGUGUCGUGUUGGUGUCUGUGUUAUUUUUCCAGUUACGACAAUUUAAAAGACUAUAUGAACAUAUCAAAAAUGAUAAAUAUUUAGUAGGACAACAGCUUGUGAACUAUGAACACAAAAAAAUGACAGAAAGUUCUACUCAGACAACAACAACAUAGUAAAAAUAGCAGAUGUUAAAGUGAAGAACUAAGCCUUGUGUGAGCAAACGACAACAUCGCCUUGCAGCCUAUGUAGAUUCUGCUAUCAGACGGAUUUUGCUAACAAAACGUGUCAAAAUUUCUAGCAGACGACACAGUUACAGCAAAGAGGAGAAAUGUACAAAAUAUAGGAAAAAAUGGUUUAACAUCUGGGUGGAGUCUAUGUUUAUGUAGCUAUUGGAAAGCUAAGCCAAAGAAAUAGGAAUUAGUACAGUAAAUCAUUAAAUAAUAUACUGUACAAUCAAUUCUUAUAACAUUAAUGCUACAUUUAAAUGUUUCCAUGGUGAUAUGCAUGACAUGAUGUAAAACUAUUAGGUGCUGCUUAAUUUUUUUCAUAUAAAUCAUUAUUUUCAGUAUAUAGGCUAUAAGUAUCAUAAUCAUCUUCCGCUAGUAUCAAUAUGAUUUCAUAAAUCGAUACUCAAUCAUUAUUUUUGGUAUUUAAUUUCCUUAUGCAAGAUAUGAAAUUUUAUGUUUAAAAGUGUCCUUGGUUCAAAUAUAGCGAAAUGUUUCCCUAGCAAGUGUUUCUGGAAAGACUUGUUUUGAAAAUGUACCCAUGGGCUAUAACUUGGAUUAUAAACUCUAAUCGAAAGAGUAAAUUAAUUGUAUAUACUUUGCAUGAAGUUACAGUAUAUUCAGACAUGUAUAUCUACAGGUGCAAAUUUGUACAUUGUACAUCUUCUACUACUCAAGUUGUAGUUCGGAAGCAAUUGCUCUGUUCCAAGCUCUCAUCAAUGAUUCAUUCUGUGAUGUCAACCAACUUCACCAUGUGUCCAUGCAUAUUGGUGAAAUUUGAAAACCACUCUUCUAUUAUUAAGUUGCUAAAUGUGUUUUAGCUGUACUGUUUUUGGUUGCUAAGUUAAUUCUCUGCCGAAUUUCAGUACAGGUUUCCCUCCAAUUAAAGACCACUUUUGGGACCGAUGUUUCUAUGGUCUUUAGCAGCUCUGGUCUCUAAUUAGAAUAAUAAAAAUAAAAAACAUUUGUUAAUUUGGGACCACAGAAAAGUGGUCUUUAAUUGGAGGUGGUCUUAAUUGGAAGGGGUCUUUAAUUAGAUGGAGACCUGUAUAAGGAAUGUUAUUCUCUACAAAGGAAACCUCUUGCAUACUUUUUUUACUGCUUCGUUGAGAUUUUUUGCAGUCUCUGCAUGGUUCUCUUUAUUAAGCAUGAGCACCACAUCGAAGUGUAUACCAAAUAUAACUUACUUCCUUUCAAGAGAUUCGCUUUUUUUUUGUUGCUAGCAUACAGUAUAUUGUA